AUGAAUUUAUUGAACAUCACUAAACAUCUUUUCCAUUUGGCUCAAACUGAAUAUGGAUUUGAAAAUUCUACAACAACUACUGACGAAAUUUUUACUGCAGAACGAUUAUUCGAAGUUCUGAAGUCAUUUAAAGAUAGUUACUUCAAUGAGCUAUAUACUUAUGACACUCUCGAAUUUGAAGAUGAAUAUGAUGAAAUCACUGAUGAAAAAGAAAGCGACGAUGAAAUUGAUGAGAAUGAUCAAUUUUAUUUAAAAAAACGUUUUACACCAGAAGAAAUGGAAAAUAUAAUUGAAUGGGUUGACCAACAUCCGAAUGCUAGAUUUGCAACUAUUUCCAAUCAAUUUAGAAAAAUCAAACAUAGGAAUUAUAUUACAAGAUUUAGAGAAUAUAUCGAAAAUGAUGGUACAAGAUUAGAAAAAUUAAAACAAAUUAAAGAAUUUAUGUUUAACGAAUUUUAUUUCAAAAGAACCAUUGAAAAAGAAGCCAUUCGUGAUGCUGAUCUUGAACGUUAUGCAAUUCAAAAAGCAAGAGAAUUAAAUUGGGAUGAAUUCAAGGCAAGCAAAUCAUUUAUCAAUACUUUUAAAAGGGAAAACAGAAUAUCAUCAAGAAGAUAUAAUAAAAUUGUUACUCGAACUAAAUCAAACAGGAACAUUUGCAGUUUAAAUAGUAUUUAA